AUGUUCCGAUCGCGUCUACAAGCAUUUCGUCCAGUGAUUGCGUAUCGUACUCCUCGUCUUGCAUUGCGUCCACCGCCGUUCGUGAAUUCUACUAGCACAACAGUGUAUGGUGCGAUGCGACCCAUGUCGGCUACUGCAGGAUCGGGACCCAACGUUGAGGAAGCUAUCAGCAAUAUCGAGGAACUUUUUGGUGCUGCCAAGGAUGAGAUGGAAUUUGCUGUAGAAUCACAAGGAUCUGUUUAUUAUCAUGAAGACCGAGCAACAGCACAAAAGGCAGUAGAAGAGUGUCUUGACGCAUUCGACAAGUUACUUGAGGAACUUCCUGAUGAUGCGGCUCGAGACCAAGUGCGUGGCAAGAUUGGCAUGAAGCUUAGAGAACUCAAGAUGGAAUAUGAAUCACUACCAGAAGAAGGCGAUUGA